GAGCUGGGUUCCCCAGUCUUCGCGGCUACCACCUUCAGCCGAUCCCGGACCCCCUAACCAGGCCCGGGCCCAGCCGCCAUGACGAACGUGUACUCCUUGGAUGGGAUCCUGGUGUUUGGUUUGCUCUUUGUUUGCACCUGUGCUUACUUCAAGAAAGUACCUCGUCUCAAAACCUGGCUGCUAUCAGAGAAGAAGGGAGUUUGGGGUGUGUUUUACAAAGCCGCUGUGAUUGGAACCAGGCUGCAUGCUGCUGUGGCAAUUGCCUGUGUUGUAAUGGCCUUUUACGUCCUGUUUGUAAAAUGA